GGGCUUGGCCGCCCAGCCUCCCUCCCCGGCUCAGAGGCUAUGCGUGCAUGUGUGUGGGCCUCCGCUUUGUCCUGGGCUCACGAGUCCAGAGCCAGCUGGACCCCAGGGGACGAAGAGUCACUGCUCAGCCCCGGGGAGGGCAAAGGAAAGAGACAAAAUCAGCCUCUCUCUGCUCCACGCUCAGCCCAACCGGCCUCUGCGAACCUUUCUCCUGCACACGAUAUUUUGGGGAACGGGCAAUAACACUUUUCCCAAAUGAAGAGAACUCACCUGUUUGUUGUGGGGGUCUAUUUGCUGUCCUCUUGCAGGGCAGAAGAGGGGCUUAACUUCCCCACAUAUGAUGGGAAGGACCGAGUGGUGAGUCUUUCCGAGAAGAACUUCAAGCAGAUUUUGAAGAAAUACGACUUGCUCUGCCUCUACUACCAUGAGCCGGUAUCUUCGGAUAAGGUCGCACAAAAGCAGUUCCAACUGAAAGAAAUCGUGCUGGAGCUCGUGGCCCAGGUCCUGGAGCAUAAAGACAUAGGCUUUGUGACGGUCGAUGCCAAGAAAGAAGCCAAGCUUGCCAAGAAACUGGGCUUUGAUGAAGAAGGGAGCCUGUACGUUCUGAAGGGUGAUCGCACCAUUGAGUUUGAUGGCGAGUUUGCAGCUGAUGUGUUGGUGGAAUUUCUCUUGGAUCUAAUCGAAGACCCAGUGGAGAUCAUCAACAACAAACUGGAGGUCCAAGCCUUUGAACGCAUCGAGGACCAGAUCAAACUCAUCGGCUUCUUCAAGAGUGAGGACUCAGAGUAUUAUAAGGCCUUUGAAGAGGCAGCUGAACACUUCCAGCCUUAUAUCAAAUUUUUUGCCACCUUCGACAAAGGCGUUGCAAAGAAAUUGUCGUUGAAGAUGAAUGAAGUUGGCUUCUAUGAGCCAUUUAUGGAUGAGCCCAUUCCCAUUCCCGACAAACCGUACACAGAAGAGGAGCUGGUGGAGUUUGUGAAGGAACACCAAAGACCCACUCUGCGACGCCUGCGCCCAGAAGAUAUGUUUGAAACAUGGGAAGAUGAUUUGAAUGGGAUCCACAUUGUGGCCUUUGCCGAGAAGAGUGACCCAGAUGGCUAUGAGUUCCUGGAGAUCCUGAAGCAGGUGGCCCGGGACAACACUGACAACCCUGACCUGAGCAUUGUGUGGAUCGACCCGGACGACUUCCCUCUGCUUGUUGCCUACUGGGAGAAGACUUUCAAGAUUAACUUAUUCAAGCCACAGAUCGGGGUGGUGAAUGUGACUGAUGCUGACAGUGUCUGGAUGGAGAUUCCAGAUGACGAUGACCUACCCACUGCUGAGGAGCUGGAAGAUUGGAUCGAAGAUGUGCUUUCUGGAAAGAUAAACACCGAAGACGAUGAUGUUGAAGAUGAAGAUGAUGAAGAUGAUGACAAUGAUGAUGAUGACAAUAAUUCUGAUGAGGAUAAUGAUGAUAGCGAUGAUGAUGACGACGAUGAAUAGCUCCCACUUCAAGUGAUGCAGAUGAAAACAGAAGCACAGCUACUCACUACUGUCCAGACAGCACAAGGCAGCAGCAAGCAGCUCUGCCCUACACCCGCCAGCUCUGCUCCCUUUCCAACAUCUCUUUUCCCACUCCCUUCCAGUCAAGAGCAGUACGACUCCGCAAAAGCCUUUCCAAACCCAAUCUUAGCAGGGGCAAGAGGGCAGUUACUCCCAUCCUGACUGUCUUGACCGUCAUGGAACCGUUCUUGUUCUUUGCCAAA